AUGAGUUCGGACUCAGAAAUGGCUGUUUUUGGGGAGGCCGCCCCUUACCUCCGAAAGUCUGAGAAGGAGCGCAUUGAGGCCCAGAAUAGGCCCUUUGAUGCCAAGUCCUCUGUCUUUGUGGUGGAGCCCAAGCAAUCCUUUGUCAAAGGGGUUGUCCAGAGCCGCGAAGCAGGGAAAGUGACAGUCAAGACUGAAGGUGGAGCGACCCUGACAGUGAAGGAUGAUCAAAUUUUCCCCAUGAAUCCUCCCAAGUUUGAUAAGAUCGAGGACAUGGCCAUGAUGACCCACCUGAAUGAGCCCGCUGUGCUGUACAACCUCAAAGAGCGCUACGCAGCCUGGAUGAUCUACACCUACUCUGGCCUCUUCUGUGUCACCAUCAACCCCUACAAGUGGCUGCCGGUGUAUAACCCCGAGGUGGUGGGUGCCUACCGAGGCAAAAAGCGCCAGGAGGCCCCUCCCCACAUCUUCUCCAUCUCUGACAACGCCUAUCAGUUCAUGCUGACCGACCGAGAGAAUCAGUCAAUUCUGAUCACCGGAGAAUCCGGGGCAGGGAAGACGGUGAACACCAAGCGGGUCAUCCAGUACUUUGCAACAAUUGCAGUCACUGGGGAGAAGAAGAAGGAGGAAGCGACUUCCGGCAAAAUGCAGGGGACACUGGAAGACCAGAUCAUCAGUGCCAACCCCCUGCUGGAGGCCUUUGGCAACGCCAAGACCGUGAGGAACGACAACUCCUCCCGCUUCGGCAAAUUCAUCAGAAUCCACUUUGGCACUACAGGAAAAUUGGCUUCUGCUGACAUUGAAACAUAUCUGCUAGAGAAGUCUAGGGUUACCUUCCAGCUUAAGGCUGAAAGAAGCUAUCAUAUUUUUUAUCAGAUCACAUCAAACAAGAAACCAGAGCUUAUUGAAAUGCUUCUGAUUACCACAAACCCUUAUGAUUAUCCAUUCGUCAGUCAAGGGGAAAUCAGCGUGCCCAGCAUUGAUGACCAGGAAGAACUGAUGGCCACCGAUAGUGCUAUUGACAUUUUGGGCUUUACGAAUGAGGAGAAGGUCUCCAUCUACAAGCUCACUGGGGCUGUGAUGCAUUAUGGAAACAUGAAAUUCAAGCAAAAGCAGCGUGAGGAGCAGGCAGAGCCCGACGGCACUGAAGUUGCUGACAAGGCAGCCUAUCUCCAGAGUCUGAACUCUGCUGACCUGCUCAAAGCCCUCUGCUUCCCCAGGGUGAAGGUCGGCAACGAGUACGUCACCAAGGGCCAGACUGUAGAGCAAGUGACCAACUCAGUGGGUGCCCUGGCCAAGGCCGUCUACGAGAAGAUGUUCCUGUGGAUGGUCACCCGCAUCAACCAGCAGCUGGACACCAAGCAGCCCAGGCAGUACUUCAUCGGGGUGCUGGACAUCGCUGGCUUCGAGAUCUUUGAUUAUAACAGCCUGGAGCAGCUGUGCAUCAACUUCACCAACGAGAAGCUGCAGCAGUUCUUCAACCACCACAUGUUCGUGCUGGAGCAGGAGGAGUACAAGAAGGAGGGCAUCGAGUGGACCUUCAUCGACUUCGGGAUGGACCUGGCUGCCUGCAUCGAGCUCAUCGAGAAGCCCAUGGGCAUCUUCUCCAUCCUGGAGGAGGAGUGCAUGUUCCCCAAGGCCACAGACACCUCCUUCAAGAACAAGCUGUACGAACAGCAUCUUGGAAAAUCCGCCAACUUCCAGAAGCCCAAGGUUGUUAAAGGCAAGGCUGAGGCCCACUUCGCGCUGAUCCACUACGCCGGCACAGUGGACUACAGUGUCACCGGCUGGCUGGACAAGAACAAGGACCCCCUGAAUGAUACCGUGGUCGGGCUGUACCAGAAGUCUGGCCUGAAAACUCUGGCUAACCUCUUCUCAGGGGCCCAGACUGCUGAAGCAGAGGCCAGUGGGCCUGCCAAGAAGGGUGGUAAGAAGAAGGGCUCCUCCUUCCAGACGGUGUCUGCCCUGUUCAGGGAGAAUCUGAAUAAGCUGAUGACCAAUUUGAGGAGUACCCACCCCCAUUUUGUGCGGUGUAUCAUCCCCAAUGAGACCAAAACUCCUGGGGCCAUGGAGCAUGAACUUGUGCUGCACCAGCUGAGGUGUAACGGGGUGCUUGAAGGCAUCCGCAUCUGCCGGAAGGGGUUCCCCAGCAGAAUCCUCUAUGCAGACUUCAAACAGAGAUACAAGGUGCUAAAUGCAAGUGCCAUCCCCGAGGGACAAUACAUCGACAGCAAGAAGGCUUCUGAGAAGCUGCUGGGAUCUAUUGACAUCGACCACACCCAGUAUAAAUUUGGUCACACCAAAGUCUUUUUCAAAGCGGGUCUUCUGGGGCUCCUGGAGGAGAUGCGAGAUGACAAGCUGGCCCAGCUGAUUACCCGGACCCAGGCCAUGUGCCGCGGGUUCUUGGCCAGGGUGGAGUACCAGAAGAUGGUGGAGAGAAGGGAAGCCCUGUUCUGCAUCCAGUACAACGUCCGCUCAUUCAUGAAUGUCAAGCACUGGCCCUGGAUGAAGCUCUUCUUCAAGAUCAAGCCCCUGCUGAAGAGCGCGGAGACCGAGAAGGAGCUGGCCACCAUGAAGGAGGAGUUUGGCAAAAUCAAAGAAGAGCUCACCAAGUCAGAGGCCAAACGGAAGGAGCUGGAAGAAAAGAUGGUAUCAUUGUUGAAAGAGAAAAAUGACUUGCAGCUUCAAGUUCAGUCUGAAGCUGAAGGCUUGUUGGAUGCAGAGGAGAGAUGCGACCAGCUGAUCAAAACCAAGAUCCAGCUGGAGGCCAAGAUCAAAGAGGUGACAGAGAGGAAAAUGCGCAGGGACCUGGAGGAGGCCACCCUGCAGCACGAGGCCACCGCGGCCACCCUGAGGAAGAAGCACGCGGACAGCGUGGCCGAGCUCGGGGAGCAGAUCGACAACCUGCAGCGGGUCAAGCAGAAGCUGGAGAAGGAGAAGAGUGAGAUGAAGAUGGAGAUCGAUGACCUGGCCAGCAAUGUGGAGACGGUCUCCAAAGCCAAGGGAAGUCUCGAGAAGAUGUGCCGCACCCUAGAAGACCAAGUGAGUGAACUGAAGUCCAAGGAGGAAGAACAGCAGCGGCUGAUCAAUGACCUGACCAUGCAGCGAGGGCGCCUGCAGACCGAAUCUGGUGAAUUUUCACGACAGCUCGAUGAAAAAGAAGCGCUAGUGUCUCAGUUAUCAAGAGGCAAACAGGCAUUCACACAACAAUUGGAGGAGUUAAAGAGGCAGCUUGAAGAAGAAUCAAAGGCCAAGAAUGCCCUGGCCCACGCCCUGCAGUCCUCGCGCCAUGACUGUGACCUGCUGCGGGAACAGUAUGAGGAGGAGCAGGAGUCCAAGGCCGAGUUGCAGCGGGCCCUGUCCAAGGCCAACAGCGAGGUGGCCCAGUGGAGGACCAAAUACGAGACGGACGCCAUCCAGCGCACAGAGGAGCUGGAGGAGGCCAAGAAGAAGCUGGCCCAGCGGCUGCAGGCAGCCGAGGAGCACGUGGAGGCGGUGAACGCCAAAUGCGCUUCCCUCGAGAAGACGAAGCAGCGGCUCCAGAACGAGGUGGAGGACCUCAUGCUGGACGUGGAGAGAACCAACGCGGCCUGCGCAGCGCUGGACAAGAAGCAAAGGAACUUUGACAAGAUCCUGGCAGAAUGGAAGCAGAAGUACGAGGAGACGCACGCGGAACUGGAGGCCUCUCAGAAGGAGGCCCGCUCCCUCAGCACCGAGCUGUUCAAGAUGAAGAACGCCUACGAGGAGUCCCUGGACCACCUGGAGACCCUGAAGCGGGAAAAUAAGAACCUGCAGCAGGAGAUUUCUGACCUCACGGAGCAGAUCGCGGAGGGAGGGAAGCGGAUCCAUGAGCUGGAGAAAAUUAAGAAGCAGGUGGAACAAGAAAAGUCCGAACUUCAGGCUGCACUCGAAGAAGCAGAGGCAUCUCUUGAACACGAAGAAGGAAAGAUCAUGCGCAUCCAGCUGGAGCUGAACCAAGUCAAGUCGGAGAUCGAUAGGAAAAUUGCAGAAAAGGAUGAGGAAAUCGACCAGCUCAAGAGGAACCACGUCCGCGUGGUGGAGUCCAUGCAGAGCACGCUGGACGCCGAGAUCAGGAGCAGGAACGACGCCAUCAGGGUCAAGAAGAAGAUGGAGGGAGACCUCAACGAGAUGGAGAUCCAGCUGAACCACGCCAACCGCAUGGCUGCCGAGGCCCUGAGGAACUACCGGAACACGCAGGGCAUCCUCAAGGAUACCCAGAUCCACCUGGACGAUGCUCUGCGGGGCCAGGAGGACCUGAGGGAGCAGUUGGCCAUGGUGGAGCGUCGAGCCAACCUGCUGCAGGCUGAGAUCGAGGAGCUGCGGGCCACUCUGGAGCAGACGGAGAGGAGCAGGAAGAUUGCCGAGCAGGAGCUGCUGGAUGCCAGUGAGCGCGUCCAGCUCCUGCACACCCAGAACACCAGCCUGAUCAACACCAAGAAGAAGCUCGAGACGGACAUCUCCCAACUGCAAGGAGAGAUGGAGGACAUUGUCCAGGAAGCCCGCAACGCAGAAGAGAAGGCCAAGAAGGCCAUCACCGAUGCGGCCAUGAUGGCGGAGGAGCUGAAGAAGGAGCAGGACACGAGUGCCCACCUGGAGCGGAUGAAGAAGAACCUGGAGCAGACGGUGAAGGACCUGCAGCACCGGCUGGAUGAGGCGGAGCAGCUGGCCCUCAAGGGGGGCAAGAAGCAGAUCCAGAAGCUGGAGGCCAGGGUGCGGGAGCUGGAAGGAGAGGUUGAGAAUGAGCAAAAGCGGAGUGCUGAAGCUGUCAAGGGUCUUCGCAAACACGAGAGAAGAGUGAAGGAGCUCACCUACCAGACGGAAGAAGAUCGAAAAAAUAUUCUCCGGCUUCAGGAUUUGGUAGAUAAGCUUCAGGCCAAAGUUAAAUCUUACAAGAGACAAGCUGAGGAGGCUGAGGAACAAUCCAACACGAAUCUCUCCAAGUUCCGCAAGAUCCAGCACGAGCUGGAGGAGGCCGAGGAGCGGGCCGACAUUGCCGAGUCCCAGGUCAACAAGCUGCGGGUCAAGAGCCGGGAGGUGCACACCAAGAUCAUCAGUGAAGAGUGA